AUGUUCGUGAAUAUCAUUCCGUUACGGUGUCAGCUCAAUCCUCAGUGGUCACUUUAUCGGUUAAUUGAGAGUGUUUCCAGCAUGAUGACGAAUUCUUUGAAACACUCAUACUUCCCUCUGCAACGCAUUCUUGCUCAGCAUCCACAUAUUGUGAAACCUGAAUUUUUGGAUGUGCUAUUGGAGUCUUUUGUCGAUGAAAUUACUAUGGAAGAGGAGAAAGCUAUCAUUGGGGACGCUACACUACAUGGAAUAAAUUCUCUUCUGAAGGUGAAAGAGAAAGAAAUUAUAGAGAAAAGUGAUUUUGCUGUUUAUAUUGCACAUGAUCCUGUCAGUAAUCAUUUGAGAUGUAUGAUCAGUGGGUCUCUUGACAUAUUUGACAUAAUGACAGUGAACUUGAUCGCGCAAAGGUUUCGUCACAUGCUAUGUGAGUGUUUCGAAGCUGUUGACGAUCAAUUCGUAAAACCUAUUUAUGAAGUACAGAUUACAUUGGCCCACGAGAAGUUACUCGUGCAAUCUAUGAAUAACUCAAAUGCCGCCUUUCCUCCGAUAACUUGUAUUCAUCAUGAGUUUGUGUCUGAAGCAAUGAAACAUCCACAGAAAAUUGCGGUUGAGCUUAGUGAUCAAUUCAUGACCUAUGCAGAACUCUUAUACUACGCUCAAUUAAUAUCUUUACAUCUUGUCUCCACAUAUCACAUUUCGCCAGGAGAAAUUGUCUGUCAGUGUAUUGAAAGAAGCCUGUUUACAGUCAUUGGAAUUCUAGCAAUAGAGAUGGCUGGUGCAGCUUAUUGUCCACUAUCGUCGCAGGAUCCUAGCCAUCGAUUGCAUGUCCUUAUCCGACGAACUAAUUGUCAACUUGUUCUUGUUCAUUGGUCAACAAAGAAUAAAUUCGCCGAGGAAAUUUUGCUAUUUAACGUUGAUUCUGCGAUUCAUGAGAUGAAUUUUAUAAGCUAUGAAACAGUCCGCGUGUUGUCAAAAAUCAUGGUGUCACCGGAAAGUAUUGGCUACAUAAUAUUUACAAGCGGUUCAACGGGAACACCGAAAGCAGUUCAGCUUCGGCAUUGUAGUUUCGUAACGUAUAUGCGAGCUCUGGUAAUUCAAUCUACUGAUAUUGGUCUUCAUCACACGUCGGUCACUUUUGACGCUCAUCUCAGUGAAAGUAUAGGAAUCUUGAUGAAAGGUGGUCAGGUUGUAAUCUUGAAACCCUUUGCACAGCUGGAUAUGGAAUCAUUUAUUAGAACGCUCUGUCGUUAUCAAGUUUCAUACAUAGGCAUUGUACCUUCUCAGUUAAUUAAUUUGGUAGCGUUUUUACGCAGCACAGAUGAAUAUAAUACUUUAGAAACAUUACGAUGUGUGGCUACAGGAGGGGAAUCUAUUUUUACUAGUACUAUUAUCGAUAUUCAACCUUAUCUUAACAAACAAUGCCAAUUUUACAACUAUUAUGGUCCUACAGAGUGCUCUGAGUCAUCAAUCGAACAUGUGAUUUCCGAUGAAGAUCUAGCCUACGGUUCCAUACCGCUUGGGCGACCCAUGGCGAGUGUUAGCGUCUAUUUAGUUGAUGAUUAUCUUAUACCAGUGAUAUCCGACAUACAUGUUGGAGAAAUCGUCAUUGGAGGCGUUGGGUUGUUCGCUGGUUAUCGUGGCCAGGACGAACUGAUGAAGCAAGUACUAUGCACAAUCAAUAAUCAGACUUAUUACAAAACAGGAGACAUGGGACGUAUUAAUUCAAAAAGUGGUGUUUUCGAAUACGUAGGUAGACGAGACUACCAAGUGAAGCUUCGAGGGCAACGUAUUGAGUUGAGUGAAAUUGAAUCAGUUCUUAUGGAUGUCACCACAAUGUCUGUGGUCGUCAAGUUAACGCAUGAUAACAAUCAAUACCUAGUCGCAUAUGUCGAAACUAAACGAGCUGAACAUGAUUUACGACAACAUUGUCUAACGCGCUUACCGCUCCACAUGGUACCGUCAUUCUUUGUUCGUCUGCAUAAAUUGCCUCUCAAUCAAAACGGAAAAAUCAAUCGCAAAGCCUUACCUUCCGUUGAUUUCAGUGCCCUUGCUAUAACACCUAUUGACGAAGACCAAGUAGUGACAGCCAUGGAACAGCAAGUGUUUGAUAUUUGGCGAACUAUUUUUCCUCAUCUUAAAUCGAUUCCACGGACAUCGACAUCAUUUUUUUCUAUUGGCGGGCAUUCGUUGCUCAUCAUGCAACUCUUUCAUCGAUAUAGAACACUAUUCAAUCUAGAGCCAAACACACUUUCCAUUGCAGAUCUCUUCCAAAAUCCAACUAUCUCGGGACAUGCACAACUUAUUCAACAAGCUACCAACACCACAGAUACCGAAAUCGAGCAUCAUUGGUUGCCACUACAUGCAGUUCGAGGUAAAAACAGACAACUCCCAAGCAAUGAUUCAAGUGUUAUCCUCGCUUUUCUCUCUGUUUUAGGCAUAGCCUCGUUUGCACAACAGCGUAUCUUCUUGGACGAACAGAUCCGUCUUUCAUCAGCAGCGAGCAAGAAUAUCUAUGCCAUUCCACAUCUCUACCGCUUAUCUGCAGAAAACUCUCAUAUUUCGAUCUCACGAUUCCACCAAGCACUUCAUGCUGUCAUCAUGAAACACAGCAUACUUCGAACUGCGCUCUAUCUUCACACGGAUGGAACCAUAGUACAAGAAUGCUUGAGUGGGAAUAUGUCGCCAAACGAAGAACAGCCAGUAUAUGGAUUCACAGUCAUGGAUCUACAAAAGGAUGGUCGUGAGAUAAAUGAGAUCACCAAAGAGAUACAGCAUCGAUCUGAUCUAUUUGACUUGUCACAAGGACGCGUUCUCCAAUGUCACAUUUUCAAACAUUCACAAGUGGACGGUGAUGUGGUAACAAAUAAGGAUUUUAUAUUGCUAAACAUUCAUCAUGCGGCAUUCGAUGGAAUGUCAACUUUGACUUUUCUUUCUGACUUGUCGUUUGCCUAUAAGCACAGUGGUUCACUGCAUGUGGAUGAAAAUACACUACAAUACAUUGAUUAUUCGAUUCAUGAACAUGUCAUGGACAUGUCAGCAUCUCGCGAUUUCUGGCAUUCUCAUCUACAAGGAUACAACCUUGAAUACCAGAUACCACUACCGAUGGAUAAAAAACGUUCAUCAACUGAUCAACGAUCAGGUCAAGCAUCAAGCACUCAUAUCACACUGGCCGAAAACGUCGCUGAAGCAUUUCUGAAUUAUGCAUCAUCCCACCAUCUCACAUUAUUUCAACUGGGAUUAGCAACAUUCUAUGCAUUUCUUUUCAAACUAACUCAUAGUCAAAAUGAUCUGUGCAUUGCAUCGAUUAACGCAAACCGAUAUCGAAGCGAAAUAUCGAAUAUGAUCGGGAUGUUUGUUUCGACGUUGCCACAUCGUAUUCAGCUUGACUCCAAUUGGCCAUUCGAUCAGCUUGUCACACAUGUGCGAGACGAGUUCUUGUCAAUUCUCGCGCACUCACACUACCCCCUGCAGCACAUUUUUGUCGACUUUCAUCUCAAUCAAUCUAACGCUUCGUUUCUAGAGACGAUGUUCGACUUUAUCAACCUCACUGGAGAUGCACAAGGUUUUUCGUUGAACGAUGUCCAUUUAGAACAAAUGCCUUUCGCAGAUUUCCAUCAAAUGAGAAAAUUCGACUUCGCACUAACUUUUAUGCUGCAUUCCGAGACGCAUGGCGGCCAACUAACAUUUUCAUUAACAUGUUCGCAAGAUCAGUACGAAAGCACCACUGUUUCACAGCUUGCUCAGCGAUUUGAAUAUCUUGUCGAGCAAAUAUUUCUCACAAAAAAUUGCAACGAGCUGACAUACGGAUUUUCAUGCCCAAUUGAACAGCUUUCUCUUAUCUUACCAAAUGAGCGAGAAGAGAUCAACAAUAUUCUGUUUUGUCGACAAUCCAACCAAAUAACAGAAGCACCAGCAUCUUAUGCUCAAGCUCGUAUAUGGCUCGACGAACGAACCCGAUUCGAUCCUGAUAAACCACAACUCGCCAUCUAUAACAUGCCUUUCCUCUAUCGCCUCGCAACAGGCUCAUCUCUUUCCGUUCAGCAGCUCC